AUGCAGGCGACGCGGCCAGAAAUACUCCGCGGAGUCCGUGUUUGGAGGCUGUUGCGUUACUUGCCGUCGCUGUGGCUACGAGGCAAGCGCAACGAUCUGCACGGAUUGAGUCAGCAAGCCACGCAGUUCGAUCAGUUUUGGUCCCACAGCUGGCAGGGUUCGGGGUGGACCAAGUACACCAACAUACUUUACCUGCAUAACUGCAUGCCGGCAAGCAUAGCAGGAACAUUGAGCGCCAACAUAGCCUGCGGCCUUGUCUCUGCUGGCUUUUUGGAUGUACAACAGCGAUGGUGCUUGCUGUCCGGGUUUGUCGCCUUUUGUACAACCCUGUUACUCUGGCAUCCGCGAAAGUUCGUAUUUCUAGACAUCGUCUGCAUUCAUCAAACUGACAACGGUCGAAGAGGACAAGCCCUCUUAAGUAUGGGUGCAUUCUUGAAGCAGUCGAAGUCGAUGCUGGUUCUGUGGGAUCCUACGUGGGUGAGCAGACUGUGGUGCAUCUUCGAAAUCGCCGCCUUUCUACACAGCCGCAGUCCCGGUUGCAAGGCAGACCUUCGGAUCGUUCCUCCCUUGUUGGGGCCAUCGCUUCUGGGAGGUGAGGUGCUGGCCUGCGCAGUCUGCAUGAUCUUUCUCUACGUAGAAUCCUCCAUGGCUUCUUCGGAAGGGUCAAUACUCGUGGGGGAGCUCUAUUUGAUGGUCAUUGGCCUGCAUGUUGUGCUGUUCCUAAGCUUCGUGAUACACGCUCUUCGAGGUUAUGCCCGCAGCGUUGAAACGCUGCAAGAGCAACUCCGUGACUUCAAGGUCGAGCAUGCCCGAAGCGCUUGCUGCGAUCGCGGCCAUGAAGACAAGUCUGUUCUAUGCGACCGAGAGGUCCUGCUGCAGUGCAUCGAAGCAUGGUACAAAUCACUGGACAGGUUUGAGUUGCAAGUGCAGUCUGAAGUGCGACUGGCCAUCAUCAAUGAGCUUGCACACAACACCCUCUCUUAUCAACACGUCUUGCUUCUUUCAACUCCGUAUGUCUGGCUUCGUCUUGAGUAUGCAGCCAGCCACGCAGGCGAUCCCAUCCGGCAGGUAGUCGACUUGGCCCAGACUUUUACUUACUUGCUGGCAAUCUUCCCUGUGGUUGACAAGUUGGGCUUCCGUUUGUGCUACCGCCUAAGAGCACGAUGUUGCAAGCCAUACUUGGAUUUCUUGCUCUCGAUGGUCAUCGUGAUCGGUGCCUUCAUGCUUUACGUCGUCUGCUAUGCGAUCCAACUCUACGUCUUCCGUCAAAACGACCGCGGACUUCUCCUGAGUGUAAUCUCAAUGCUUUCAUGGUGGACGGUCGCGGCCAUCCUCUGGCGAUUCAUCUGA